AUUUGCGCCACGAGACGUACGAGCAGCUCGCAGUGUCUUUUUUCGCUGGAUUUUGGGUGAACACAGAGCAGUAAAAGUGAAAUUUUUUAACGAGAAAACAUUUCUUUCUGCGAGAAUAAAAAAGUGAAAGACUCGAGAGACUCUAUAAACGUGCCAUUGGAAAUUUAUAUUGCACCUCAGCGGCAACAAGAUGGAUAUAUUAGCAUCAAUUUUGUCCACUUUCGCCAAAUUUGUCCUUCGCAAUGUGGAUGAAACCAUGAGUUGGAUCAUCCGCAGAUUGCUGCGAGGGGCAAUGAUUGUCAUCAGCUGGUUCGUCAUUCCGUACAGUUGGAUCAAGACGUUCGGCACUAAGCGGCAGAAACUUCCACCGAUGUCGAAUAGCCUAUUAGAAAUACCUGCAGUUGACCUGGCGCAAAUGAUCCGCACGCGGCAGAUUAAGAGUGAGCACGUGGUGAAGGCAUAUGUCGAUCGAUGCAAGCAAGUCAAUCCGCUGCUCAAUGCAAUUGUGGAGGAGCGCUUUGAAUCUGCUCUGCAGGAGGCGAAGGCUGUGGAUGAAUUCCUGGCCAGCACCACCAAAGCCGUGGAGGACAUUGAGAGAGACACGCCACUGCUGGGCGUUCCAGUGUCGGUCAAGGAGAGCAUCGGCCUCCGUGGGAUGUCCAAUCAAGCGGGUCUCCGCUUCGAGAAGCACCGCAGAGCCAAGGAGGAUGCACCCAGUGUGGCUCAGGUGCGAAAGAGCGGUGCCAUCUUCCUCCUGGUCAGCAAUACACCCGAGCUGUGCAUGAUGUGGGAGACAUUCAACAACAUCACGGGUCAGACGAACAAUCCCCACGACUUGAGACGCACUCCGGGCGGUUCCAGUGGCGGCGAAGCGAGUCUUCUCGGCGCUGGUGCAACCUUGCUCAGUCUGACCUCAGAUAUUGGGGGCUCAGCGCGUCUGCCCGCGAUGUACACGGGGGUUUUCGGGCACAAACCCACACCUUUCGUCGUCUCACCAUACGGCCAUGUGCCCACGAGUGGAGAUCCUCGCUGGGGAGAGUACUUCACGGUUGCCCCAAUGACCAGAUAUGCAGUGGAUCUUCCGCUGCUCCUCAAGUGCAUGAGAGAUCCCGAGGGACCGGCAGUGGAUGUGGACCAGAGUGUCGAUGUCAAGACCAUUAACUACUUCUACAUGGACAACGACGGACCCUCUGGACUCACGCGUCCACUCACAUCCGACAUGCAAAGAGCAAUUCUUCAGGUGGCUCGACACUUCAAUGCCCAAAAGGUUGACAUUGAUCUCUUCAAGUGGUCAUUCGACAUCUCCGUGUCCCAAUUGCUGCGCAUUAAGGACAUCGAGACAAUAUACAAUCACUCCUGGGAGGAUGAGAAGAACAAGAAGCUGUCCACGGAGUGGCUCAAGUACCUCUUUGGCUGCUCUAAUCACAUCUUCAGUUCAGUUCUUAUUGGACUGCUGCAGAAGUUCAUCCAGAGUCUGCCACAGCGGCGUCACGAUCAGUUUGAGGGCAUCGCCAAGGAGCUGAAGAGUCAACUGGUGCACUUGUUGGGCACAAAUGGAGUCUUCAUCUAUCCCUCCUUCCCAACCAGUGCCCAUCAGCACUAUCGCAUCUUCCACAAGCUCCUCGACACCAGCUACAUGAUGGUCUUCAACACUCUCGGCCUGCCAGUGACCAACGUGAUGGUGGGCAUGGACAAGGACAACCUCCCGAUCGGCGUGCAGAUUGUGGCCAGUCCGCAGCAGGAUCAUCUCUGUCUCGCCGUGGCCAGGGAGCUGGAGAGUGCCUUCGGCGGCUGGAGGAAACCGCCACAGGCCAGCUAGAUCAUUCUCAGUGCUGUGCAUUGACAACAGCGAUUAAUAGGUAGAUUUAUACAGAAUUUUUACUGACCUUUGUGAAUAUGCGGUGUUUGAGGACAACAAAAAAAUACCUCCAGUAUUUAAAGUAAUAAAUUUUUAUUGAAAUUAAA